UCUGUCACACAAUCAAUGCUAAAGCUCGAACAGAUUCAAAGUGCCUCACCCUGACUGCCUUACAGUUGGACUGCUGUGCAACACUGAACCCAUCUUAACCAGCCUCGGUGCUUCACAGUGGAGGUUUUCUUUUUCUUUUUUUUUUCUUUUUUUUUUUUUGUUGCUUAGCUAGAUUCAAAAACGGACUGUUUUCUCCAAGGGAGGUGAAAAAAAUCAAAUUAUUCCAAAGAAGAAGAAAGAAGAACACAAACAGCAAAUAUAAAAUUGGAUAACAAGAAGGAGAGAGGAGGAAAAAGUUUUCUUUCAUUAAAAUGAUGUUGCUAUAUUUGUGUGCACAAGUGGGUUAGCAAGCUCAGCAGCUGGGUAAGUAGACUGAAGAUAUCUUCACAUGGGGAGGAAAGCAGCUGAAGAAGCUACAGACACUGCAGCCACAGGACUGAAAGGGGGACAGUACAGCUAAGCAACAAAGUGCAGCGUCGGACUUCCACUUUCAAUUCAUUGCUCUUUUUCCUUCUGAAGAUGCUGUGCAGGGGUCAGAGAUUAUUGCUUUUAUUUAAAUUGCAUGGUCAUGCUGGUAACAGCUGUAAGUGAAUAGAAACGACUCUGUAGGUGAUUGCCGGGAGGGGCUUUUCCUCUGCGAGCUGCUGAGAGAUUUGCAUUUACAAAAUAAUCACAAAGGAGACCAGGGAAAACUAUGCCUAUCAGCAUUCAAAGGAUCAAAUCCCUCUGCUGCCAUGGGUAGUUGCCUCUUGCUGUCAGAGCUGUGUAGACUUUGAAAUAAGAAAUCUCUUUAAAAAGUGCAGAAGAGGAUUCUUUAUGUAAGAUUUGACAUCUAGCAACUUUUUAUUUUAUUUGCACUAUACAAGUACUGCAAUGUACCAGAGCAGUUGAGUGAUUUUGGUUAUUAUUCGACAGUGCGAUACGAAAAACUAUAAUUUAAAGGCUUCUUCAAAAGAUUUUUCCAGAGUGGCAGUCUGCAUUUAAAGUGGAUUACAUCUGAGUGAAGCUUUUUUUUCCCCCGACUGCAGUUUUCUAGUUACUACUGCUUAUGUGCUUUUUAUUCCGAUGGAUUAAAAAGCCAACCUAAAUGAAUUUCGCUUCCUGCAAUUUCGUAGCCUGUUAAUGGAUAACAACUGCUUGCUGUCUCAGCUUAACCUUUUCUUAAACAUUAUUAUGGUAACACUUAUUAAAUCAGAAAAUCGUAAGUACAGAAUGGGGUGAUUUUUAUUUUUACUGCUUCUAUUUAAGUUCACUUGCUAUACAUUCCAUAAUGUUAAUGGCAAAAUAUGAACAACAUUUCUGAAACCCGUGGCAUACAUUUUUGAAAGAGAAAAAAAAAAUCCUUUAGCACAAGAAGUGCACUGAUGUUUAAAAUAAUUGUAUUUGGAAGACUAACCUUGAUAGAUAGUGUUCAAUCACUGACACUGGUUUAUGCUGGAGUGUCUACUGUACAAAUGUAACCAGCCAAAAGUGCAUAAUCUAACACCCAGCAAAUCUUUCAUUGUUGUUGUUGUUGUUGCCGUUACACAUUUCUACAGACGCUGUUCUGUACAGUCAAGCAGGAGGUGGGAACCAAACAUGACUGCAACAACCACAAAAACUAAAAUUUAACCACUGAACACAGUGGCCAGUUCACCAUUCUUUUCUGUUCACCUCUCAGUGGCGUUUCCUUUCAGAAUGGUACCGCCCCCACCAGCUAAUAAGCCUCAUGUGUGCCUCUCCACUAUCCUCAUUAUGAGCAGCAUGGCGCUAAUGGAUGCUUAUCUUGUAGAGCAGAACCAAGGGCCACGGAAAAUAGGCAUCUGCAUCAUGGUAAUGGUGGGGGACCUCUGCUUCCUGAUCAUCCUCCGUUACAUGGCCGUGUGGGUGGGAGCGGAGGUCAGGACCGCUAAAAGAGGUUACGCCAUGAUCUUGUGGUUCCUCUACAUCUUCGUGUUGGAGAUCAAAGUCUACUUCAUCUACCAGAACUACAAGGCAGACAGGAAGAGCCUUGACACCACUGCGCGGAAAGCCUUGACGCUACUGCUGUCUAUCUGCGUCCCUGCCCUGUAUGUACUCCUGGCGGCAGUUGACCACAUGGAGUACGUAAGAGCCUUUAAGAAGAAGGAGGAGCUGAGGAACCGACUCUUUUGGGUGGUGGUGGACCUGUUGGAUGUUUUGGAUAUUCAAGCCAAUUUGUGGGAGCCACAGAAAAAAGGGCUCCCCCUAUGGGCUGAAGGACUGAUGUUUUUUUACUGUUAUAUUUUGUUACUGAUCCUUCCCUGCUUGUCUCUGAGUGAGAUAAGCAUGCAGGGGAUCAAUAUAGUGCCGCACAGGAUGAUGUUGUACCCCAUACUGAGCCUGGUUACCAUAAACGUCAUCACCAUCUUCAUCCGAGGGGGUAACUUGAUCUUUUUCCGGGAUGCUAGAGUGUCAGGAAUCCUCAUGGGAAAGAACUUCUUGGCUAUCAUCCUAAAGACCUGUAGUUUUGUACAGUAUAGAAAACAGUUGGAAAGGGCCCCUACUGGGUUGGCAAUCGAACUUCAGAAGAACUCUGUACCCCACAACCAAGCAAUACCGGCCCGGCCUAGGGUGGUUGUACAAAAUCAGAUGGCCUUGCCAGAGGUGACUGGAUGUGAGAACACAUGACACAUGCUUUAAAAAAAUAAGGUUCAUAAAUACAGAAAACGCACUGUUGGAUUCCAGUACUGCUCUAAAGGAUUCUGGGAAUAAACAGACACUGUUGGGGGGGGGGGGGGGGGUGACACAAGGUAUUUUUUAAACAUACAGUGGAGAGUAUAUUUUUUAUGUGGUAAGUGGUACAUUAUGGCAUCAAGCAAAGUGACAAUGGUGGUGUUGUGUAAAAUGUUUCUUUCAUGACAUUUUCUAUUAUGUGUGAAUGGAAGGUCAAAAAUCAUUAUUGAUGUUGGAAAAGUAGGUUCUGAUGUGUUGUAUACCUUGAAAUUACAUUCUUUGAACUAAAAAAGAAAUGCUAUUUUAAAGGUUUUAUAGUGUAAAAUGAUUUUUUAUACGUCAUUCAUUCAUAAAGUAUUGUGUAAUAACGUGACGAGUGUCUAUUGCUGUGUCCUUGUACUUUCAUGUACUAAUAAAAAAGAGUAUAUAUAUAUAUAUAUACUGUAUAUCUGUA